CACAGAUCGGGUUUGGUUGCAGAUAGUACAACAACACAGGAGAGAUAAGAGGCCGGGAGCACGGGCAGAGAAGAGCAUAAGGAGGAGCAAUGUCGGUCGUAAAUGAUGACGACAUACCACAGACGGAAAGGAAAACGGUGACAGACUUUUGUUACCUGCUGGAUAAAUCCAAACAACUCUUCAAUGGACUAAGGGAUUUGCCACAAUACGGGCAGAAGCAAUGGCAAUCGUAUUUUGGAAGGACAUUUGAUGUGUAUACCAAAUUAUGGAAGUUUCAACAGCAGCAUAGACAAGUUUUGGACAACCGGUAUGGUCUUAAACGGUGGCAGAUUGGGGAAAUCGCCUCGAAGAUUGGUCAGCUUUAUUACCACUAUUAUUUGCGCACAUCGGAAACCAGCUACCUGAAUGAGGCUUUCUCCUUCUAUUCUGCAAUCAGACAACGCUCUUACUACUCCCAGGUCACAAAGGAGGAUAGGCCUGAGCUGGUGGUGAAAAAACUGCGUUAUUAUGCCAGAUUCAUCGUCGUUUGCCUCUUGCUGAAUAAAAUGGAUGUCGUUAAAGACCUUGUCAAGGAGCUUUCUGAUGAAAUUGAAGACUACACACAUCGCUUUAACACUGAGGAUCAGUUAGAGUGGAAUCUUGUACUUCAAGAGGUUGCAGCAUUUAUUGAGGCAGACCCGGUAAUGAUUUUGAAUGAUGACAACACCAUUGUGAUCAUCUCCAAUCGCCUUUCAGAGAGCUCUGGGCCUGCACUUGAGCAGGGUAUGGUGGUUGGCCAGCUGAUCCUUGCUGAUGCGCUAAUUAUCGGCAACUGUAAUAACCAGGUCAAGUUUAGUGAGUUGACCAUAGAUAUGUUUAGGAUGUUGCAAGCUCUCGAGAGGGAGCCCAUGAAUCUUACAUCACAAAUGAACAAGCCCGGCCUGCAGGUUGGUAUGGAGUGGUCUGCUGGAACAGAAGGGGACCCAACAGAGAAGCCAACAAAGAGAGAAAAUCCACACAAAUAUCUCCUGUACAAGCCGACCUUCAGCCAGCUGUACACCUUUCUUGCGGCAUCUUUCAAGGAGCUGCCUGCCAACAGUGCCCUCCUGAUAUAUCUGUCUGCCACGGGUGUUUUUCCGACAGGUCGCUCUGAUUAUGAAGGUCCUUAUGAUUUUGGAGGGGUCCUAACCAACAGUAAUCGGGACAUGGUUAAUGGGGAUUCUUUGCACAAGAGGAACCAGUCAUAUAAAGAGAUGCACUGCCUUCAUCCUGGAGAUCUCUACCCCUUCACGAGGAAACCCUUAUUUAUCAUUGUGGACUCCUCCAACAGUGUGGCUUACAAGAAUUUUACCAAUUUGUUCGGACAGCCUCUGGUCUGCCUGCUCUCUCCGACUGCAUACCCCAAAGCUUUGCAAGAUCAUUCUCAGCGCGGCAGUCUCUUUACUCUUUUCCUGAAUAACCCUCUCAUGGCGUUCCUCUUCAUCACUGGCCUUUCUAGCAUGCGCAGAGGACUGUGGGAAAAAUGUCAGGAUCACCUCCGGAAAAUUAACAGGGAUAUUGCUCAGCUGUUGACUCAGUCUCGCUCUGUAGAUCAGUCUUUCCUUCAGUUCUUUGGGGAUGAAUUUCUACGUUUACUUCUCACCAGAUUCAUAUUCUGUUCAGUAACAUUAAGGAUGCAUAAAAGUUUCCGGGAAACCAGGAAUUACCCAGAAACAUACCCCUCUCUGCCACGCGAAGAGAUUGUGGAGAACCUUCACCUUCAGAAACAGAUUUUGGAGCUGGCCUCAAUAUUGGAUGUUCGGAACCUGUUCCUUGAGAGCACCAUGGAUGAAUACUAAGGAAAAAAAAAAAAAGAGAAAGCAAAAAAACCUGAAUUACUUGAACAUUUAUGUAUCUUAAGCCACACAAUAUGGAAGGUGCAUUUUUUUUCCUAAGGCAAACUCACCAUUCUUGACCAUUUUAUUUUGUGAAUUCUAUGUUUUGGUUAUAGAUUGAGUGCCUUCAGGAGAUAAGGUACAGAGGAGUUGUGUGUCAGCACUUUCCUUCAUUUGGUCAGUAGUGUGGCAUCUGGUGCUUGUGCUUUCGGCUUACAGGGCAGUGCCCCUAAAUACCUGCGCAUGGUUUAUUUGGUGUUUAUGUCCUGGAAUGAUGACCCCAAGCAUGGAAAACCCCUUUGUCAGGACACAAGUGACAUGAAAUGAAGUAGCACUUGGAACAGUGUGUUAAAGAGCAUCCAUUCCUAAAUCUGACAUUCAAAACAGGGCUGUAACAUUUAUAGGGCUGAAACGUAGGGGGUGAAAUCUUGGGUUGCAAAAUUGCAGCUUAUGUUGCAAUACUGGAUACACCAACUAUUUGCUUAUUAAGGUACUUCAGUACAGGAGUCAGUGCUAAUGUUUAUCAUCAUUAUUUAUCCCUUCUAUCACCUUAAUUACUAGGUAUAUGUUAACUAACCUUCAGCCCUCCUGCAUGUAGAAUUUGACUUGCAUUAGAGUAAUUGCGACAUGAUAAACCUCUUCACAAGAUAUUUGUGAUCGAACACAUAAUGGUGCUGCCAACGGAUUGGCUGGCUUUUAAGACAAAAAGGGGUUAAAAACCAAAGUGAUUUCUGUCUUCUGUUUUAAUUCUAUGAAAUUAGUCUGUGUUGUUGUGAUCUGUUAUUUAUUUGUUUUUAACAAGAUGUUACAAUUGAACCCUUUGUUCUCAUAACUGAAUCAUGAACCAUUUUUGGUUAUCAAUGUGUAAACGUGUUCCUGUAUUACGAGGCAAAGAGCUACCAAAAUCUCACAACUCCUAUAUUUAAAAGCACUUACACAAAUCAACACAAAAUAUGUAGCCUUCACAGAGGGUACUGGGUCUAAGAAUUGAAAUAUGGAUUUUUGAUUUUCAAUCCUUUGUCUAGGAAGUGAAGGUUAGCGUACACUCUUGCAACCAACCUCUCUUUUUGAUGACAAGUAAUCAAGACAAAUGUUACCCUUUUAAAAUACAUACAUAUAUAUUUUUUCCCCCUUUUUCUUACGUUCUACAGUUUGUUAAGAUGACCGAAUUAUUUCGUCUCUUGUUAUUUUACAAAGCUCCAUACUAUUGUAACUAUGUAGUGCAAAGCAUUGUGUUUUAGCAAGAGUAGACACACUCCUGUCUCUUAACCUGGGCUGCGAGUAGUCAUUGCACUGUAGCUGCUAUGAAGAAUGAUCAUGCCACUGUAAUGGCUGUAGUUCUAUUUUCUUGUGUGUUUUCUUAAAAUGACAAUCUAAAAAAUAUAUACCUUAGACACUGUCCUGGAGAACAUACAACAAUGAAUGGAAAUAAUUAUUCUCUCUGCUUAGCAAUGUUAGGCAGUCCUGCAAAUCAUUGUGCAUUUGGGAAUACAAGCACACCCAUCGUGUUCUCUGACAUAGAUAAUGUAUUAUUGUUUUGUAUUCUAUAUAGGAUUUUAGAUGAUCUUGUAUCAGUGAUGUAGUGUUCAAACUCUAAGGGACUAGGAAGUGAAAUGUGUGUACCCUUCUUUCCCAUAUAGGUCAUAGCACAAUUGUUUUAAACCAGAUGGGACUGAAUAAUUCUUUGUAACAAGCCAAUCUUUAUCCACCUGUACAAUAUAAUUAUUUUCACAGAGUGAACAUAAAUGUUAUCCAUAUACUGCGUCAGUUGAAUGUAGCAUAUAUGUAUGACUAAAAAUAUCUAAUGAACAUCUCUGUAAAGAGGGAAACUAUUUUACCUCCAAAUGUUCCUAGUUACCUCAUCCCAUUGUAGAAAGACUUAAAGCAUUCAAUGUAAGUACUUUCUUCUGAGACUAGGGAGUGUGACACAGUCCCUUUCUUUCUCCUCAAUUCGAGUUUAUGCAGAAGUCUCGGUGAAAUUCUAUGAAAUCUCAGUAAAGAAAAGUGUGAACUUAGCAGUGAUGAUGUUGUCUGUUCCUUUUAGCACUUUCAUCUCCAUAAUAUAAUGAGAGAGAAUAAAUGAACAAAGAUGGUAAAUGCUCACAGAACACUUACUCUUGUGAAAUAAUCCUUGUUUUAAAUAAAUAAUACGUUAUUAAACCCUC